UUCAGUGUCUGACUAUGCUCCCACGUACUUGGGCCCAGGAUGUGUUACGGUGUCAUCUCUGUGAGACCCCGGGCCCCCCUAUGUACUGUGACAUUUGUCACAAACAUCUGUGCGUAGCUUGCGUUGGAAAACACAUCCUAGAUGAAUCCAAAGAACACAAAGUGGUGCCAUUUAAAAAAAGAGGACUUAAUUCUAGAUGUUCAAAACAUUCCACACAAUUAUGUGAACUUUACUGCCAACACUGUGACAUUCCUAUUUGUGUGGAGUGUGUUUCUUCUGGAGAACAUUUAGGACAUGAACAAGUUGGCAUUAUGAAAAUGCUAGAUAUUAAAAAAGAAGCCUUACAAAGAGAUUUGCAAGAAUUAGAAAAUACCAUUUAUCCUAAAUAUCAAGAGAUUGCAACUAACAUCCCAGUUCAGAAAGUGAAGCUUAAGGAAAACUCCCAGAAAUUAACAACAGCUAUUGACAAACAUGGAGAGGAACUGCAGAGAGAAAUAGACAUUGCUAUCAGAAAACUGAAAUCGGACGUGGUUGAAAUAGAUUCCAAACAUCUGGUUGUCUUGAAUAAGCAUGAAGAUGAAAUUAAACACAGUAUUUCUGAAAUCAUACAUUGCAUUGCUGAUCUAAAGAAAUUACUAAAAUCUAAUGAUGUCAGUCUUGUAUCCGCCUACAAAUCCAGGAAUACUGACUUCAGAAAAUUGCCUCCUAAACUCACAGUUUCUCUACCAAGAUUCACCCCUCAGAAGAUUAAUAAAGAACAGAUUUAUCAGCAGAUUGGUUCUCUGUCAGCGUUAUCUAUCAACACAGAGGAACAUUUCUACACAAUGGAUUUUCCAGGUGCUGAGUUCUCUUCCCCAGACAGACCUUUCAUUCAUGUACCACAGAUCAUCACAGAUAUAAACACCGAUUAUGGAGAAUCUAAUGCAUUGCGCAGUGUGUCCUGUCAGAGCGAUGAUGAACUGUGGACGAGUGGUGAUGACAACAUGAUGAGACUCUACAACCUCCACGGUAAACAACUGAAGUCAAUCAAAACCAAGUCAGGGAACCCGCCAGAAGACAUAGCAGUGACACAGAGUGGUGAACUAGUUUAUACUGAUCCCAAUGAUAGAACUGUUAACAUAGUAAAGAAUACACAGAUACAGACAGUGAUCAGACUACGGGGGUGGUAUCCUCUCUAUGUCUGUAGUUCCUCCUCUGGUGACCUCCUGGUUGUCAUGAUAACUGAUGAUAAGAAGCAAGCAAAAGUUGUGCAUUACUCUGGCUCCACAGAGAAACAAACAAUUCAAUACGAUGACAAAGGACAACCCCUCUAUUCAUCCGAUAAUUACACUAAAUACAUCAGUGAGAACAGGAACCUAGAUAUCUGUGUAGCUGAUUGUAUAGCCGGUGCAGUAGUGGUGGUCAAUCAGGUCGGGAAACUCCGGAUUACGUACACCGGUCCUCCCUCUGCUACCAAGAAACCAUUUUAUCCUGUCGGCAUCACUACAGACAGCCACGGUCGGAUCCUGACAACAGACAGUAACAACCACAAUAUCCACAUCCUGGAUCAGGACGGACAGUUCCUCAGCUACAUUGACAACUGUCAUUUACAGAAUCCAUACGGGUUAUGUGUGGACACCCGAGACAACCUCUUUGCGGGUGAAUGGAAAACAGGAAAAUGUGUUUCCUCUCGUGAACAUCUAGGACAUGAACAAGUUGGCAUUUUGAAAAUGCUAGAUACUAAGAAAGAAGCUUUACAAAGAGAUUUUCAAGAAUUGGAAAAUACUAUUUAUCCUAAAUAUCAAGAGAUUUUAUCUAACAUCCAAGUUCAGAAAGCAGAUCUUAAGGAAAACUCCAAGAAAAUAACAACAGCUAUUGACAAACAUGGAGAAGAACUACAGAGAGAAAUAGACAUUGCUGUCAGAAAACUGAAAUCUGACGUGGUUGAAAUAGAUUCUAAACACCUGGUUGUCUUAAAUAAGCAUGAAAAUGAAAUCAAACACAGUAUUUCUGAAAUAACACAGUGCAUUACUGAUCAAAAGAAGCUCCUAAACUCCAAUGAUGUCAGCCAUGUAUCUGCUUACAAAUCCAGGAAUGCUGAAUUCAGAAGAUUGCCUCCUAAACUCUCAGUUUCCUUACCAAGAUUCACCCCUGAGAAGAUUAACAAAGAGCAUAUUUAUCAGCAGAUUGGUUCUCUGUCAGCAUUAUCUAUCAAAACAGAAGAUCAGGGAUACACAUUGGAUUCUCCUGGUGCUGAGUCCUUUCCCCUGGACAGUCCGCUCAUUGAUGUACCAAGAAUCAUUACAGAAAUAAACACAGAGUAUGGAGGAUCUAAUGAAUUACGCAGUGUGGCAUGUCUGAGUGACAAUGAAGUGUGGAUGAGUGGCGUGGACAACAUGAUAAGACUCUACAACCUACAUGGUAAACUAUUGAAGUCAAUCCAAACCAAGUCAGGGAACAUACCAUGGGACAUAGCAGUGAAACAGAGUGGUGAACUAGUUUAUACUGAUCCCAAUGAUAGAACUGUGAACAUAGUGAAGAAUACACAGAUACAGACAGUGAUCAGACUACCAGGGUGGUAUCCUCUCAAUGUCUCUUGUACCUCCUCUGGUGACCUCCUGGUUGUCAUGAUCACUGAUGAUAAGAGACAAGCAAAAGUUGUUCGUUACUCUGGCUCGAUAAAGAAACAAACAAUUCAAUACAAUGACAAAGGACAGCCUCUCUAUUCAUCUGAUGAGACGGUUUACCUUAAAUACAUCAGUGAGAACAAGAACCUAGAUAUCUGUGUAGCUGACAAUAAAGCACGUGCAGUAGUGGUUGUCAAUCAGGCCGGGAAACUCCGGUUUACGUACACCGGUCCUCCCUCUGCUACCAAGAAACCAUUUUAUCCUGUCGGCAUCACUACAGACAACCACGGUCGGAUCCUGACAACAGACAGUAACAACCACAAUAUCCACAUCCUGGAUCAGGACGGACAGUUCCUCAGCUACAUUGACAACUGUGAUUUAAAACUUUCAUACGGUUUAUGUGUUGACACCCGAGACAACCUCUUUGUGGCUGAAUUUAAAACAGGUAAAGUGAAGAAAAUCCAAUAUUACACGUAAACAAACUGUGAGUUAAUGCCAUCAGGACAUGUAAACGCCAUCAGGAUAUGUAAACAAACAUAUUAUUUUAUUUUGUCUGUUUAUAAAGAUAAGCAUUUCUGUUGCGCUAUAGAACAGAUCUCAUAUGCAUCGUUUAGCAAAUAAUUCAAAUAACUUUAAUAAAUGAUGUUACCAUCAUUCAAUGGUGUUCUUCUGAUGUUGACUGUGCAAAAAGAUUGAAACUUAACCUUCAUUGAGCGCAUGAAUUGAAACUCCAUGAACAUACACAAGCUGACCUUAGAU